GUUCGGUUUGUUUUGUUGUGUUACUGCAGCGCUCGACUGCCUUUUGAAAGUUUUGACAUGUACACAAGGACCAAAUAAUCACGAAAGAUCAUUUGGGCUAACACUCAGCUGGGUGUCGCUUGAUUACCUCUCCAGAACUCAGCGAUCGAAAGUCAGAUCUGAUGAGUACCAAAACGAAAGAUCUUGGAGAGAGUUUUCUGCAAGGUGGAGAUCUUCUCGGGGAAUUGGACGAGGACAGCGAUAGCGACAGCUUGCUGGCGGACGAAUUGCGAGGAAUGUAUCGGAACAGGUUGAAAGACAUGGAGGAAAUAGGGGAGAAAAGAGAAGAGGCUCACAGGGUUAGAUCACUGCGAUUUUAACGACAUCGUCCCCGUAACGUGUAAACAAUGAGAUCGAUAUUCGAUCUCUCGCGGCAAGAUUUUAAAAUGUUGAUCGACCGAACACGUCAGUUUUAAUUUAUAAGUAAUUUCGAGGAAUAAGAAAAAUCUCUUUAUUUCAAAAUGGGCAGCUGAUUGGAAUCUUAACGAUACAAUGGCGCUUAAACUAGCUUUUCAUUCUGACUUUUUUUUUUAAUUUUAUCUUGCAUCCGGUGAAUGUUGUUAAGCCGUUAGCCAUUUGCACACACACAAAUGCUUUAGGCCAGCGGUUCGUUAGAACUUCAUUCACGAGCGGAAACGUGCUUGUAUUUUUCAUUUUCUUGAUCUAUGAUUAAUUUUUUUUUUUGGACCAUAAGAUAUUUAUUCAUUCCUAGAAAUUCUUUAGAUCUCUACAAGCUGUAAGGACUCCGAAUGACUUAAAAGCGGCUGUUUUGUUUACUUAGUAAAGUGUAGCGUUUUGGUCACCGAGGCAUGCAUGUGAGCAGUGAGAAUUUUUGACAGGAAAAUUGAUGGCUGCGGAUGUAGGCAUUACUUUGAUACUUUUUUGAAAGCUUAGCUCGUAACUUUUAAUCUACUUUUAUGCUAUUACUGUUUUAUAAAUGCAAAGGGUUGUCUUUUUUUUUUUUAUUUUCUAUCCAUGAAGUUAAUUCUUUCUGACAAAUCUACGAAAUGCUUAGUCUGUUUACAGAGAUCUAGACUUACAUGUAUAAUUGUCUGUGGGCUUGUUCCUAAUUCUUGUUAAGAUGUUAAGCUACAAGGUAUUAUUUACUGCAUGUAGAUUUGUAACUUUGGCGUUACGAUUUGCAAGGGUGGUCCACUGGUCUGACAACACAUUUUUGCUUUAAGUGUUCAGUUUAGGAAUUAUAGUUCUUAAACUGAACAUCGACUUUUAUCGGCUGAGUAAUAAUCUAGUGAAACUGCUAAAACAAAUUAAAUUAGCAUCCAAUUUUGGUUAAAAGCAUCAUCAAAAAAUAAUUAUCCAGAAAUGUUCACUUGCUAAAAAAGUAAAUGUUAGGACACUGUCAAUUGGAUUGGAUAUAAAUUAAUGUUAACAAAUUUUGCAGCAUCAACUCCAGUCCCUGCAGUCCUAUGUGAAUGAACUCAGUGAUCAAAAUGAGAUCCUGGUACAAACUGUUGAGGAACUAGAGAGAGAAGCCAAUGACAGGGUGGCACUGAUGGAAAAUAAACUCCAAAGAACAACAUUGUCUCUCAAGGUAUAUGCACAUGUAUUUCACACAGGGAGGUUUUGAGCAUGGUGCUACAUGUACCUGCAUAACUUAUGUGAAAACUAGUGAUCUCUUUACUGUUCUCUGGAUCUGGGUUUAAACCUUCAUCAGGGAGCUAUUUCAUCAGAUAUUCCAGUAACUUUAUGAAGCCUAAGCUAUGUCUUAAAAUCUCACUAGUAAGAGAUAGAAACAUGGGUCUUAGCUCAUAAGCUAAUAUAUUCUGUCUCAUUGCUUGAUAUUUUUCCUUGUUUGAAUCGGGGAGCUGUUGUUGUCUUGAUCUUGAAUGUAAUCACAACUGAAUAUAAUAAGUGUUGGGGACUGGUAUUGAGUACUGGGAAUUUUAAGGAGCAGGCCUCAGCAUCAUUUUCUUUGCUCAUACCUACACUGCUUUCUCUUGCCAAACAGUGUAUUAAAUGAAUACCAGCUGAUGUUUUAGCAGAACCUGAAAAAAUGUAGAGAGGUAGCUCACACCAGAGUUGAACAUCCCAUCUGGGUGGAGAAGUUAUACUCCUAGAUUUUUCUUGUGCAGCUUCAAAAGCCAAAGAAAACAUCUCGCACUUAUGCUACAAAGUCUCCUGUUUAGAAUUUACAUACCAGGGAUUAUAGGUGUUGAAUGUGAUAUUUCAUACAAGUCUAUAUUUUGAUUUUUUUAUUUUCAAUUGAAAACAUGCGUAAUAUUCCAUACAAACCAGAAACAAGAAGUUAAUGUUAAGUUUUUGUACCAAUUUGAUAAGGAUUUCACAUCAAGGGCAAGUGAACUGGAUGUCCAGGUCGAAAAGCUGAGCAAAGAGAAGAAAGAUUAUGUGGAGGAGAUUAAGGUGAGCUUGCUGUGCUUGUAGCAUGUAAUAUUUUUGUCGAAGACACUUAAAAUCCAGUAGCAGACAAACUUUAGGGGCUCUUUGACUUGAAGUUUGGUGAUAGGAAUUUUUCACAGGUCUAGGAGGCUUAAUUUUUAUAUAUAUAUUUUUAUAUAAUUGAGAGAGUCGAAACGAGGGAGAAAGUGACAUUACUACUUGCAAGUUUAAUUCUGCAUUAUUUGAACCUUAAUGUGUUAGUAAACAGAAUGACUACCGAUCCUUAAUGCCUGGUUUUCGCAGGCAACAGAGUUGGAGUGUAGUAGAAGUUGUAACAGGGUUUUAAAUACAGCUGUUGGAGCUCCUAUAACUGGAAUUUUAUUCUUAUUCUUUAAGUUUUUGUUAGCAUUAACCUCAUUUGGAAGAGUAAAUUCACAUUUAUAAUUAAUCAGUGAUAUUGUUGCGCAUUAUUAUCAGGCCUUGAAAGAGGAGCUUAACAUAACAACUCAACAAUUAGCUCACCUUGAGACACGACAUGAAGACUUGGAUUAUGACAUUGACAAUCUGGUCAACCUGAUUGGUACAGCACGAGCCACAGGGAAAUGGGAGGUGACUGAUUUGAUUGGAUUUUUUGGUUAUCAAUUUUUUUAACUAUUUAUUUUUUACCAUUCAUUUCUAUUGCAGUGGUAAAAGAGUUAGAUUUCUAGUGUGCAGGACUCCAGAUUAAAAUGUUGGGGCUUUAGUGCAAGUCUAUGCAGGGGUCAUUGUCAUGUGUUCCUGGUCUAAAUUGUCCUUCCUGUACUUCCUGUAUCUUUUUCCACCCAAUAAUAUCAAAUAGAAACUGGUAGACAGUCAGGGGGAAGGGGAACUGAUGAAUGCUUUGAGUGUGGGAAUAUACUUGCAAUGGCUCGGCUUCCCAACCUGGAGAGAGUAGCAGUACUCCUGGUCACUUAAUUGUCUGACCCCUUAGAGUGAUUGGCAUCUAAUAUCUCCUUGCAGUAUCAACCCUGAAUCAUACAUUAUGGUCAGAAGAAUAAUACAAAAUGAUCACCAACUGAAGAAGCUGUUGAUUGUUAUACACAUUCUCCUGUCAAAAUCUCAGGAAAUGUAUGGCUCAGCUUCCCAACCGGAGAGAGUUGCAGUACUCUUGGUCACUUAUAUGUUUGACCCAUAAAAGUGAUUGGCAUCUAAUUUCUCCUCUCAUUACUGACCCUGAAUCAUGCAAUUAUGGUCAGAGGAAUAGAAGAAAUGAUCACAAACUGAAGAAGCUGUUGAUUGUUAUACAUAAUCUCCUUGUCAAAAUCUCAGUACAUGUAUGGAGAACAGUGUAGAGAAUAAUUAUGCACAUUGAUGUUGUGGUAUGAAGUGGUGAUGAGUGUAGUAAUUGAUGUUAAAAAAAUCAAGUCAUAAUUCCAGACUACCUUUGGUAACAGAAAAAUUUAGGUGUAACUAGUUGUGUGCUUGUUUAGCUAACAUGAUUUCUUUUUUUCUCUUCAGUUGGCAGGGUUAGACUUGAGGACUGUAUCACUUGAUUCCAUUUUGGGUGCUCAUGCGGCAGCUUCUAAGGAGUUGUGAGUAUCGAUUUUAACCAUCUCAGUCUUUUCAGGAUCAAAUUAUAUGAUUUUUUUUAUAUUUAUCAUUUUAUUGAGAGAAUUUUACUUUUGAUCAGGACUGUCUCCCUUGAAAGCUCAUUGGUUGCUAAAUUUAGUAGGAAAUGGAUUUCUUGUGUUGAUUGGCUAAAUUAAGGGAUGGGAGUUACUACUAGUAGUGGCAAAUUGAGGAGUUACUGGUUGUGUGUCCCAGGGGUUUCUAUGAAAGCUGGUUACUGGUGGUCUACCAACCAGGUUCUUGUGGUUGGAUUUUGUCUUAGGGUUCCCUUCUUUGGGCACAGCUGGAUGUCACACCAUCAGUUACCCAUUGUGUGUCCCAGGGGUUUUGAUAAAAGCAGGUUAUUGGUGGUCUACCAGGUAUAAAACCUCUCACCACCAUCUGUUCGGCCUGCAAGCUAGUUCUUGUACUGCUGGUGUCCAAAGUAAUAAGAUAUUGCAAUGGUCUUACCUCAAGAUUCCACCAUCUUACCAAUCAGAAACAAUUUAAACCAUCUGCCAGUUGUUCAUGUGGGUAUAUCAAUGCUUGAAGCCAUCCCAUCACAUGUAAUUACUUUGAGUUCUCAUUGACACCUUGUGAUAUUUUACUUUGCUCUGAUUAGCAGUGCAGGUCAGAUCAAUUUUACAAUAUUUUUAUAGGAGAGAAGGAGAGAAAAGACUCACAGAACACAUCCAAGAGUUGAAGAAGCAGUUAGCUGCCAGAGAUCAAAUGAUUCAAAGAUUGCAGAAAGACCUGAAAGGAAAAGAACAGGUAAAAUACUUCUUUUAUGCUCAAUAGAAAAUCUGUGGAGUUAAAAUGACAUUCUUUUGAUAAUUUAAGGGGUCUGAAUUGUGUGCAGAAAAAAAUGGGGAUCAUUGAACUCGUUAUUUGAGUUACAGGUACCUGAAGCUAUAGUCAAGGACGUUUCUAAGAAUCUGUUAAGUAUGGCUAUGGUGACCUUCGAUGCCAUCCUACUAACAGAGACCUUUAGUUAGUGUCUCUGCAGUGGACUUUAUUUAUAUAAAUUUAUUACUUCUAGUAGACACUGAGCCACCUCAAAGAAUUUCGCUCCAAAAUUGGCCGUGUACUCUGUUGUUUUACCCACAAAUUAAAUUACGAUGGAGGUACCCACUUAAAUCCAGAUAACUAACAUUUAUUUCAUUCCUUAUUCAGAGCAAUCUUGAACUUGUGGACUCUAAUGCUCAUGGUUAUGAAAAAGUCGGCUCUUUUGCCGGGGAUGCGAAGUCGUUUGAUACUUAUACGGAGGAAUGCUCUGGCAGCAUGACUCAGAAAGACGUGCUUAUUAGGAAGCUGAAGAACGACCUGGAGUACUCAAGAAAACAGCAGCAAAGUACGACUAGAGAGUUACGAGAGUGUGAGCUGUCUAUAGCGCGCCUACAGGGACACAUUGGUAAACUACAGGAUGAACAGGCUCUAAAACGUUCAGACGUUGCUGCUAAAGAUCAGUCUUUGAGGGUAUUGGAACAGCAGCAGGUUGGCAAUAAAGUAAAGGUAGGUUUCAUUAAAUUGAAAAACAUGGCCUGUUUCGGGCUCUCAGUCCAGGGAGACAUGCCAAAGACUUGGCGAGCGACAAACUGCGGUUGUGGUUGUCAGCGAAACGGCUGCACUUUGAUUUUUUUUUAUCUUUUGCUCAUUUCCAAGAACACUAUUGAAACGAGUAGUUGAAAAUAGGACCUAACAUGGAUUUGAACCCAUGACCUCUGCCGUACCGGUGCAGCGCUCUACCAACUGAGCUAACAAGCCAACUGGGAGCUGGUUAAUGUGUUGGGUCCAAAUAAACUAUCCAAGUGAUGAAUGAUGAUUUUAGAUAUAUGAAAUUCAUAUAUCUGCACUGCGGUGAGGUAGAGCGCUGCACCGGUAUCGCAGAGGUCAUGGGCUCAAAUCCCGUAGGGGCCUGAAUUUUUUUCAGGUCCUAUUUUAAACUACUCGUUUCAGUAGUGUUCUUAGCUGCGAGGAUCUUUUAAUUUCGUUUCUUCACCGUAGUGCAAAUAUAUAUGAAUUUCAUAUAUUUAAAAUCAUCAUUCAUCACUUGAAUGGUUUAUUUGGACCCAACACAUUGACCAACUCCCAGUUGGCUUGUUAGCUCAGUUGGUAGAGCGCUGCACCGGUAUCGCAGAGGUCAUGGGUUAGUUCUUAGAUGUUUACAUAAAUUCCUAUUCGGGCUUUAUAAGAAUGAAUUGGAUUGAAGCUCAAGGACAUUUUUCUCAUCAAAUUCAAGCUUGACAACCAAAGGGUAUUGGAACUAGAGAAAUAUUUUAUUAUGGUGUCCAUUGAACAGGUUGCAAGACUCGAAGAAGAAAACCGUGAACUUAAAACACAAGUCCAGGCAUUAAAAGACUCAGAAGGAGGCAUUCCAUUGGAUCUGUCCCGGGAGUUUGAACAGCGAGUUAAGCGACUAGAGGCUGAAUUGGAAGUGGCUGAAGAUCAGCGACGUAAAGCUGCACAGGAAGUGGUCAAACUACAAAGUCAACUGAGCGAAAGUCAGCAUGCUGCCAAGGGACAUAAAGAAGUGUUGGUCAGCGAGGUUAGCUGUAAUUUUCGUAACACAGCGGUCAAACGUUGGGCAUGCGCGAGGGGAUCAAUUCUGGCCGGUCGCGUGCGCUCAAAAUUUCUUAGAAAAACAAAGUAAGAAACAACUGCCGUCACACAAAAUACGGGUAAAAAAUGAAAACGUUCGUAGAAAUCUGUAAAAGGAAACAAAAGUAAGAGGGAAAAUUGAAACUGUUCGAAUGCAACGCUUGUUUGAUUACGGGUAUCCUGUCAAUUUACAAUUUUGUUUUUUGAGCUUUUAAAAAAAGUUAUACGCUGUUGAUACAACGUGACUUACUGGCUUGCGUAGUUGUAUUUAAUUCCUGUUGGACAACUUAGCUAGCCUGGAAUUACGCCACUAACCACUACAACGUCCGCGCAUGUACAGAAGUUGAACGCUGUAUGAAAUUCGUUGCUCUCUUGAGUUCGAUCUUUGUUCCUUUCUCAAGGAGCGCAGGCUCAUUUCCCGAACAAAAUAAUUUUGUGUGUGAGAGAGGAGUUAAGAAAAAUUCACCGACGCAGUCGAAUUUUCAGUACUGGCCGAUCGGGGAUCAGUGUUCCAACACUGCGCGCGCAUAAAAUGCGCGUAAUGAGAUCCGCCAGUUUGAACGCAAUGUGCGCGUAAAAUUUGCUCCCUUGGUUUUCUGCAUUGCUUCGCGUAAACUUCCAACGACGUAUCUAAUUGCGAAAUUAUAUUAUUCGCUUACUAGUUUCUUUUGUUUCAGCUGACUUCAAGGGAUUCCGAGCUUGACAAUAUGAAAGACCGAUAUAAUGCUGCCAUUAAGGAGGUUAGUGGUUAAAGCAUGUCGGGCAAGUAGGAAAGGAUGGAAGAUUCCGUUUGUCUUUGAGACGUUUGACCUCUGAUGUGAACUGACUGUCUAUGAGUGCAACAAGUGUUUUUAACGUGUCGUCUUACAUGGCGCGUUUCUCCUUGUUUUCGUGACUGUAUUUUUUUUGCAUACUUGCAAAGGAUUUGAUGGAAAGUAUUUCAUCACUUCGUUGGCUUUUUGUUCUCAUUCGAUCGUUGUUGAUGACGACUAGCAAAGUUUGUGUGCUUUCAUUUAAUUUUCAGAUCCAGCAGUAUGAAAAAGAGAUCCGGGAGCUUAAAUCGCAGCUUGACAAUUGCACUUACGAGGUAAAAUAUUUUAUUUUGAUGUACGAUGAAUUUUAGCGGGCGUUGGAAUGUCCCUCGGAAGGUAUGGAAAAUAUCUUCCGGGGCUCGCUUAGCGCAUGCGACAAAAAUGUAAAGCCAAAUCGAAAGCUGGAAAUGAGAGUGAAAGUUAUUUGCUAAUUUAUUUUAUCUCAGCUGGAGAAGAAUAAAUUUCACAUUCAGCAACUGGAAGGAGAUGUUGUGAAGUGUCGCGAGCAAGUCGCACGUUCAGAAGAGGAAUCCAGAGCGGCCCAGAGAGAGAUAAAACGAUUGCAGGUGUCUUCAAAUGAUCAGAGAGACGCACUAGCAAAUGAGGUAUGUUUGGAAAUGACGACUAGUGAGUCAAGCUCAGGGUAAGUCUUUCAAGGGUUGAGACUCAUUUGUAUCCGGUUUACUCUGGUUUUCAGUGCAUUGUGUGUGUGACAAGGAGUAUAACUGCUUAUUCUGGUCGGGGUGGCAGUUCCCCACAGGAGACCCUUCCGUAAUUUCUUAAGUUUGCUGGUACCAAUAUUAUGUAGUUCUCGGUGGUGAGAGGAUCUCUGAGAGAUAACAGUGUCUUGUCAAGGGAAAUAAUUAGUGACUACUGUCAUAAUUCGAAUCUGAGCUUGCUUCGUGGGCAGGGUGAUUGUAGUGAAACUAUACCUCAAUACCCUGAGCUCAUCUUUUACCAAAGACGAUAUUCUCCGUCUGACAGAUUUUAGUACCAAUGCGUUAGAGAGAGUGACCGUUAAAUAGAGUGAAUUUUUUGAAGAUAAUCGUUUAUUAGAAAAGUGGAAAGUGAGGGAGCAUAUAUCAGGAUGGUGAAGAUAAAUAGGAAUUUCAAAAUUAUUACAAGCUUGAAAAAUAUCGGCUUAAUUUAUUGCAAGGGACUGACGGUGAUGUAGGUUGUCAGAGUAGCCAAUCACGUUUUUGUUUCAGGUGGCCGAGCGCCAUGAUACCAUUUUAACGUUAAAGACGGAACUUUCUGCUUUGGAUAACAAACACAGAGAAGCAGUCGCUCAGGUAAGUCUUAAAUUAGUUUUGCAUUCGUGAUGACAUUGAAUCAAGCCAUUUUUUUAAAGCUGUUAACUCUGGCUCAGAGUUUAGUAUCUCGGCAAAAAACAAAUCCAAAAGGCAUAUACUCUCAUGGAGCAGAUGAUUCUUGAAUAGUGAACAAAAAGUAUGCUAUAUAUGUUUAUUUUAACACCUUAAUUUGUUUUCACCUUUCUUGUUUAUUUUCUGGAAAGGCGUAAAACUUUAUUCUCUUUCUUUUUCUUUAUUUCCUAUGUCAACAUUCUUUUUCUAUGUCUUGCGAUUUCUUUCGUGGACUUCUUCAGAAAUUUUUAUGUUACUUCCUUCACUUUGCGCGGAAAAGGAAGCAAAGAGGUUAAUGCUCUGUAGAGAUCAUAUUGUCUAACAAGCGGCAAUUGUUUUUGUAUUUCUUCGCUAGAUUUAUUGUAGCGAUGAAUUUGCUUUGUUUUCUUGUACUCGAUAGAACCUCAACAUGUUUUCAAAGCUUGCAUGAGUGUGUGAUCUUGAACAAAAGCUUCAUUGUUCAGUUGGCGUUGCUUUGUUAGAGAUCAAUUGAAAUUGGUCAUAUUGCAUAAAUUUGUUUCGGUUGUGUGAAAAGUUAGCGUCCCUUGCUACGGAGAGCAAUCAGCGAGGGCUUUCGUGCAGAAUUUCGAUUCCUUUUGCCUCGAGAUUCUGUAAGACCUUACUUGAAACUUGUGACGUUUUGGCCUGGUUUAAUGAAGUGUCUGACCGACUGUAUGAAAGGUACUGUGCUUAAGGCGCGAAUUUGCGAUUGUUUUCAAAAACUUUUGCCCAACCGGCGACUUUGUGAAGCCCGAAUCGAAGUGUAAACAAACUUAUAUUUUAAGAGUAGCCCCGAUCAAAAAUUAACUUAUCAGUGUCUUCAGUGUUCAUAUAAUGUAAUAUAGUGCUUAAGGUAUUUGCUCAUCGUCUCUUAACAUGUCGUUUGUAAUAUUUGUUAGCUUUAUUUAACACGAAUUCCACGCGGCCUUUAUAAAACAGAUGUUGCAUUGAAGUAUGCCUUUGUUGUUUGUGCUGUUAUCCAGCCCUGUUUGUUUCUUCUUUGCGUUUCUAGUUAAGCUUCUCUAGAGAAGCUUUAAGUAAUGCACAGCUCUAGAAAACUACACAUUUUUGUCUCUACAGCUUUCACAUCGGAAUAAUGUGAUUUCAAAGCUCCGAACUCAAAACAAAGAGAUGACAGACUCGGUGAGUUCUUAUCGCCUUUUAUUUUCCUAGUUCUCUCAAGUAAGGUGCAAUGGUUGAUUCAGUUAAAUGUUUUAUAAAAGUAGUUCUUGCGUUUUUCAUUGCGUGUUUGCAAUUUUUUGUGCGAUCUGGUUGCGAUGCUUUCUCGUAAGUACAUGGUUGUAAUUCAUAGAAAUACUGCAUACAUUUACGUGUUUGUCACCUUUCUUGAUAUUGUCUGAUCGUUUAAAAAAAUUCCGUUUCAAGACAACGGAAUCUGUAACGAUUUUGUAAUAAGAAUUAAUGUGAUAUUUGCUUCUGAGCAAGAUAUUUGCAUACACUGUUUCCUAGUACUUGGGAAAAAUGUAUACAUGUCAUUUUGCACUGUUGGCAAUAGUGUAUUUACUGUGUUUUUGUAGAUCGAAGACUACAGUCGUAAACAGGCAGAGCUGGAAAGUAAACUAAAUGUUGCUAAUAAAAGGGUAAGUGACGAAGGAAAUGCAGGAUUUCCACGAUCGAGGCUGGCUGGAUGCCAUGUUGAAUAUCCAUACUUGUAGCUAAAGCGAUAGAGGACUGAGGAGAGAAGAAAUACAUUUUUACCUAUGCCGGGUAGGGUGGGGUUGUCGCUCAUUGACUUGGAACUAUCCUCGAUUGUAACCAAAUAAAUCUGUGCUAUUGAUGCAUCGCUGGGAUAACAAUCGAGUCGUCAGUUCUUGUAAACUGGGGAAGGGUAGUUUUUUUUAGGAGUACUGUUAAACGAAAUUUUGGCAAGAAAGCGAAAGAAAUUUUUCCUAUGUCGUGGAUCUUUAAAUUUCAAAAAGCUCACCGUCAGUGUAAAGAGUUUAUCAAGAAGACCAUGUAGUGAUUGGCCGUUCGAGAAACUUCAGACACAUCACUUAAAGGCUUAGCUAUGACCGUCGAAUUUCCUAAUCAUGAUAACUCGUUGUUGUAAACGAAUUAAUCGGCAAUAAAAGUUCUAUAAUAAGGCCAUUGUAAAAGUUUGUUCUUGAACACCCGAUUGGUAAAUUGAGAGACUUCUUUAUUCGUUAAUACUUAAUGAUGUUGUGGUCCUAUAUUGCAGUUAUCUGACCUGGAAAAUCGGUUGGAGAGGAGUCAAAAAAGCAGCCUAGAAAAGUCUGAUCAUCUCGGGAAAAUGGUAGGUGCUGGAUUCAUUUAAAUAUAUAAUUUAAUCCUAUGUUUUCUAAAAACUUCUCUCUUGAACCUUGUACCGAGUGUUUCUAUUUCUUAAUGCAACGUACUUUUUAUCUUUUAGGUGGACGACAAAGAUAUAGAAUUGCGGGAACUUAAGAUGGCUCUCUCAAACUUAAAAGAUCAGUAUGAACAAGCUCAGUCCAAGGUACAAAUCGAUGCGAUGCUGCGAGGUAUUAACUCUUUGACCUCUCAAAGUGACCAGCAUCUAAUUUCUCCUUUCAUUAUAAUCCUUAAAUCAAACAUUAAGGUCAUGAAAAUAAAGGAAAUGUGCACUAAGUAAAGAAGCUGUUGAUUGUUAAUCAAAUUCUCCUCGUCAGCACCAAAGAAAAUGUAUAGCGAACGGUAUGGAGAACAUUAAUAAUGAUGUCAAGGUGCAAAGAGUUAAUAAUCAACUUGAUAUCGUGACGAGCAAAGCUAGAUGAGAGAAAUCCUUCAGCUGUCACUGGUUUCAACUCAGAGUUGCAAUUGCAAGUGUGAAUUGCUAUUCGCUUUUCUUUUCCACCAAGACAAAACAAAUAAAAAGCAAAUCAAGCCCGUUAAUUGUUUCCCUCCCCUAAUUUUGGCAUUUUCGCGCAAUGCAGGUCUCCCACAGGGAAGAGGCUUUACAAAGACUUCAAGCGCAGCAAAAAGAUUUUGUAGACGAGGUAAGUGUUAAUACGUGUUGUAAUUCCUGGAUGGAUUUACUUUCUUGUCAGUUCGUUUGCUCUAAUGGAGAGUUACUCUUGCUCGGUGCAUGUCAUAUUAUGCGUGUAACUUGUAACGUAAUAUAUUCUCGAUAUUUUUAUUGUUAGGUGUCUCGACGCGAAAAAGCUAUUCAAAAGCUUGAACUGGAGCUUCUGACAGCGCAAGAAAACCAUCGAAGAGCACUCGAUGACGUAAGAAUAUUUUUACUUAAAUUUGUUUUCUGUUGAUUAAUCGAGAAUGGAGACCGUAAGUAAUUUAUUAAUGUACCAAAUCGGUUCCUUCAGUAGACUAUCAUCGGCAUCGUUAGGGGUAUGGCAGGCUGUUGUAUUAUCGUGAAUCAACACAUCCACCCCGCGAAAAAGGGGUGGAGGGGGGUGGCAGUCCCAGGAAAUUCCACUCUACCCCUGUAGUAAUACCCAUGCACUCGUUUCAGUACAGUGUAACCCUUUUGGGUUUUAUAGAUCACGAGACGUGACGAAACCAUUCAGCAGUUAGAGGGAGAUCUGGAGGGCAGCAGGAAACAGCUGAAGGAUGCGAUUGAAGAGGUAACUAGAACUGUUAUCAAGGCCGUCAUAAAUGCUCAGCAUACAGCUAGCAAGGAUCUCGGGCUUGUUUAACUUGAACAAACGGUAAAGUCCAUGGUGUGUUCUAUUGCAGAAAGGAAGACUCGAAGCUAAAAUUCAAGCUUACAAGAUCUCUACCCAGAGCGAGCAAGACGUGUUGGCAGAAGAGGUUCGUUUAAAUAUUGUCAUGACAACCUUAUUGUUUAUUCAGUUUCCAUUGUUGCCUCGUGGGACGUGUAUUAAUUCUUUAACCCAGUGUGCAGAGUGCCCAGCUUUUAAUUUCUCCUUCAAUAUCACCCCUGAAUCAAACAUUAAGGUCACGAGAAUCAGGGAAAUGAUCACCAACUUAUAAAGCUCUUGAUUUUUAAACAAAUUCUCCUUGUCAGCAUUUCAAGAAAUGUACAGAGAACAGUAUGGAGAUUAUGCAUACUAAUGUUAGGGAGAAAAGGGUUAAAAGGCACGCAAGGAGUCGAAAUUGUGGGGCGUGCUAUUUUUUAGAGUACUUUUCGAUUGAAAUUCGCCAAACUAAAAUACAAUACAAUACAGUAUUUAUAUAGCGCUAUUUCUAUUGCUAUUCAAUAGCGCUUUACAAUUCAUUUAUAAAAGACAUUGAUAAAAUUUAUAAAAUUUAUAAAAACAUCACUAAAAUAUGAGUAAAAAACUAGCUAAUAAAAAAUCUGUAAUGAUGAGAGUACUAAAACCACAGUUGUCACAACAACCAAUCGGAAGAAAGGAAAAUAGCUUAAAGAGCCAGUCAAACCUCAAAGUAAAACAACCAAAAUUCCCAAAGCGCGGGAAAACGCGGGUGACCAAGUCGUGAUUGGUUUCAGUUUUGCAUCUGAUUGGUUGAAAGAGUGGAGUGGGUUUUCUGGGCCAAUCAUAGAGCGAAGAAAAGAAAAACUAGAACAGCCUCGGAUCACUUUCAACACUCAGUUGAUAAUUUCUCAUUUUGCCAAACGAGGAAUGUAUUGGCAAGAAACGAGGGGGUACUCUUGGAGUUUGUUAAAAAAAAUUUAUCACAAUCCUUCCCCUUUCGUUCAUAGAAAACGUUAAUUUUAUGAUUUCAGGUCGCCAAGAGAGAAGAAGCUAUUCAUAAACUUAAGAUCGAAAAGUUGUCUCUUCAGGAACAACAGCAAAAGGCUGAAGAUAAUGUAAGUGCGACGGCCUCGAUACGGAAACAUGAAAUAAACUAAGAGAAAUAUUUUGGUGUCUUAAGCGAAAUAUAGUCCUAUUUGUGACCUUUAGUGAACUGUUAGUGGAUUUCCUUUUUUACUCUUUUAGUGAUCUUUAACCUUUCCGGAAAAUCUGCACGCCCGAUAUGUACAGUUUGUUAUCACUCUCAAGGAGGCCUCUCAAAAGGCUAACUGGUUUUCUUGUCCAUUUUACCGCGAUAUUUCAUAUUAUUUAACAUCAUUUAUGGUCGAUGAAUUUCCAAUCAAUUGCUUUGAAUGUCUUUUUUAGGUUCGAGAGCACGAACGAGCUGUUGAGAGACUUCGACAGCAAUAUGAAGACUGUCUGCAAGAUGUAAGAAUAACAUUUUCUGGGCAUAAUAGCGUGUGUGGCGAUUUCGUUGCGGCACGAGUGUGUCUUCGCCCGCGGGAAAGUAUAAGGUCUGGAGCUUGAGCAACGCGAGUCGUGAGAAUUCUGCAUGGGGUCUUGCAGUCAUUAGUUCCAAACCCCCCGGUAAAUGUCUCCACGACUCGUCUCAAAUCUUCCCGCUGGCGGAAAAAAACGUUUCCUGCGCUACUUAUAGUUAGGGCCUCCUCGUAGGCUAAGUUACAUAUCAAAGCUGGCCAAGAGACUUGAGACUUUUCUCAAGCGAGUUCCCAGACUUGGCGCCGUGACGUUUUUUUGUUUUUUGUCGUAAGUUAUUAAAAUUUCAUCGUUUUGAUUUGACAUUUCGUUUCAUUUCGUUCAUGUGAAAUUCUCUUCGAAAUCGAAACAGACCUACAUUACAUGCGUUUGAUCGAUUUUUUUUUAAUCUCGUUACUUUUUACCCGCAGAUGCAGCAAAGGAAUACAGCAGUAGUUGACAUGGAGGCCAAACUGAACGACAUGAAAUCUAAGUCUGAAGAAUACACCGAUAAGGUCAAGAUUUUUUCUUGUUGUUAUGAAAAUCUUGAUUCCUGGUAAUUUUAAUCGACUUUGUUGGAUGUUUGCUCAAGUUAUCAUCAAAUUUCUAUAACCAAAUUACAAGAAAAUUUAAAGUAGGCGGUGGUGACACUUACUGAUUAAAUCUUGGAUGUUGAAGGAUUGACCUUUAAUGUAUUAAAAUGCUAAAAAAAUAUAGUUAUUCUAAGUUCUUAAAUUUGUCCAACCGCUCUUGUUCGCAGCUCGAGCAUUACGAAGACACCAUCCGGGAACUCAACUUGAAAAUGACGUCACUUCAAGGCGAUCGAGACCAGAAGGAACACGAAGUAAGGAUCGUUUCCAGGCAUCGAUUGAUGGAGUGAACGCUCUGUCUAAUACAAACCCACAAACUGAAGCAGUUUUUAAUUGAGUGUCGAAAUUAAUGAGAUUAAUGCAUUGGUUUUGCUAUACCUCGCUCCGUGAUUGGUCGAGAAACCUUGUGCCACCCUCUCAACCAAUCAAAUGCAGAACUAAAACCAGUUACGAUUUGGUCGCCCGCGCUUUCCCGCGCUUUAGGGAGUUUUCGUUUUUUUUACUUUUAGUUCUUAUUUGUUGGCCAUUGUCAUUGGUUGGGUUUUGCUUUUACGUCUCUCAGUCGGAAAACGCUCUGAUAGGAUAUUAAAAUCGAUUUUCCUUAAACAACGUGAAUACUAGUCUGUGCAUUCGUGUUCAAGUGAGACACCUGAACCUGGUAUUGGAGAAAAUCAUUGAGAUAUCAGAUAGAAUCAGUUUUAAACAUUUUUUUCGUCUGCUUUCGAUCAGGCUGAAAUGAAGGAGGACACAAUACAGCACUUGGCCUCAGAGAUGGAUGAGUUACAGGAACAGCACAGAGAUGUUUUGUCGAAGGUUUGCUAAUCUGUACUCUGUUUUUUCUUGUGGAUUUCUUCUAUUGUGAGUUUCCAUUUUGUACAGAGCUGUCACCAGUUGCCAGUGAAUGUUAAGUAGAAGAAGUAACUCUUCUUUUUUUAUUCGUUCUUUAUCAGAUGUCUAAAAGGGACGAAAUGAUAGAUCGCCUCAAGUCUGAAACUUCCUAUCUGAAAGAUCAACAAAGAGACAAAGAACGAGAGGUGCGAAUUUUCUUUUAGAACAUUUUUGUGUUUUUUUGUUAAAGUUAGGCUGUUCUUGUUUUUCAUUUCAUUUCUAUGGCUUAAUCUGCUUUUCAAUCAAUUAAACGGCUUUAACGAGUCAACCAGUUAAACACAAACUCAGCAACUCAAUAUCUCAUUCCCAGAUCUCCCAGCAACUCGAUGUGAUCAGUCGACUGGAACGAGACUUGAAUGAAAGCAGCCGAGAACUUGAGAAUCUGAAAGAGAAAACAGCUGAUGAUGUGAGUGUGGAAGGCGAGCUGUUCCUUAACAAUAACAGCAUAACCAACAACAAUACUGAUUCUUAUUUGCCACAGGAAUAAAUUGGCUCAUUAGAUUUGAUUUCGCCCCAAUCUGGACUAGUAAUCGUCGAAAGUUUAAAAGAAAUCGUGUUUGUUAUAGUUGAAAUUUUUUCAGGAAUUUAAAUGGUAGCUUUUCUGCAUUCUUUGCACGCUUAUAUUUUUCUACAUUUUACAGUUUUAUUUGGAAGAUAUAUUUUUUUCAUUUCAAGACAUGCGGUAUUCCUAUAAGUUUUGGACAGUUCAUAUUAUUUAUGGUUUUUAACGCUCAACUGCUCGGUUUGAGUGCAAGUUGAAUUUUUAGCUUUGUGGUUUGAAAUUAUGGUUGAUGCUUUCUUCAAAUACCAAUCGUACUCAAUUUAUAGAGGCCCAAUCCACGUUCUUUCAUAUCAUGACGUAUAUGUAGAAAGAACACAAUAGAGCAGUUUCAUACAUUCAAGACCAUCUUUCAUCUGAAGCAGUAGACGUAGAAUCACAACUUUUGCUACUUGAAAAAACUUCAAACGUUUUAUAAUUCAUUUGAUUAUUUCAUUUGAUUUGUACAAUUAAUUUUCCUUAUUCUCCCAGAAAUCCAAAUUAUAAAUCAUGAAAGCAGUGAUAUUAGAGAGAGAAAAAAAUUGAAAUUUAGUAUAAUUAAUAUAUUGUGAUUUUUGUAUCUUGGUAUACAUUCUCGACUUAUCUUUUUGAAGAAAAUCAAUGACUAAUUGUGACAUAGUUUCUAUCAAUAUUUUUAAUAAAUAUAUUUUUAGCAGAUGGUCUCUUGGUUUUCUGUUGUCUUAAAUAUUGACAACAUUUUAGACCAUUUUUUCUGCUUUAGUUAGAACUGAUUUUCGGAGGAUCUGCUUUAGCUUCUGCUGAAAGAUAUGGUCUUGAAUGUUGCCUUGGUCAUAAACUGCUGCUACUUUUUAGUUUUUUAAGGCGGUAAAAAAAGAAAGCGAAAGUGUUUCAGUGCAAUAUCCUUGAUGAUUAUUUUGUAUCAGUGAAGUCCGUCUGAGAAGCGCUUUAGUGAAAUGACGGAAGGGAAGAGUAACUGGAACAGUUUAUUCGCCUUGACUGCACAGCUUGAUGGAUUACUCGAUUCUCCGCACCUAACCAGACAUACGACUAUAACAAACGAUGCAGUAGCUGCUUAGAUCAGACCAAAGCAACAGGGUUUUUCAAAUAAGGAGCCGAGAUACCGCAAAUACCAAUUCAUUUUUACAAGUUUGCGCGACAAACCGCUUGUUGUGGCCUUAUCCAAGCUCUCAGUCAGAGGGGACGAACGCAAAAGCGAACGCUAAACAAAACUGCGGUCAAAAGUUAGGCACGCGUAAUACGGUCAGUUUUUUUGCGGCUGCGCGCCAUUGUCCCGAACAAAAUUUUAAAAGAAUCUUGAUAAGAAAAAACUGCCGUCACGUAAGACCUGCUAAAAAAUUGGGAUUUUCUUCGAAAUAUGUGUAAGAAAAUAAUUGCUGGAGACUUUUCGAACGCAAGUCUUUAUCAAAAAAGGUGGAAAUACUUUAAAACGCCCUGACUCACUUACUUGUUUGGCUGUUCAGAACUACUGGGAGACGUAUUGGUUUUGACCGCUUGAAAAGACCUCCCCUGACCAUUACAACUUACGCACGUACACAAACGUGUGACCGCUCAGUUGCGGGCAACUGCCUCGCACUCCUUUGCUUUGUUAUCACAAUUACCAAACAUACAUAAGGUUCACACGGCAAGGAGCCGAUAACAACUCCGAUUAGAUCCAACUAAGCGACCACAAGUGAGGAAAAGCACAAAUGACCGAGAUGGUUCAAGUUUUAUUCUUGUGUUGUGAGGCGCGAGUUUUCUCGAAAAAACCAUAUGGGUAUCAAAGCAAAAACAUAGAAAUCCAAGAUUACCGCUCAGCACUCAAUUAUAAAUUGUUCUAAUCUGCUUCAAAACUUUCCAAUCUGAACUACUCUUGUUACCUUGGAGCCGAUAGAAUCUUUUUCUCUUUUCUCUACGGGAAGGUGCAAUUAGCGAAAAUGAAUCUAGUUCCUCACGCAACUCGUUACAAGCCUUUGUGUUGUUUACGAAAUCAAUAACUCUUACCCUAUGUUUUCCCGUGAUCGUUGUGUUCAUAGGUGGCCAGAAGAGAUAAAAGAAUUAAGCAGCUUGAAGAGGAGUUCGCCGAAACACAGCAACAGUAUACCGAAUGUUACGACGAGGUGUGACAUUUGCACUGCUAUUUAAUCAUAUUUUACUUAUACAUACCCCUUACUAACCUCGUUUUGUUGGUCCGUAUUAUAAGCUACGGACCGCGGUUUUUCCUCUCGGAUAUUGUGGUCUAAGUGCGCAGCGGAAAAAACGAGGUUUCGUAACUUACAGAGUGGACCGAGAAAACGAGGUUAUUGAGAUAUUUCAGAUGUCCCUGGGUUCAAGUAGGGGGGGAAGUUUUUAACUGAAACAAACUUUUGAACUUAGCGGGCCGCAACGUGAAAAUUCGGCCGGCCAGAUUGACCAGUCAUAGCGCACGUACUAACUGAGAGAAACAGUAGAGGAAAUUAUUUCGCUUGUGUUUCAGUCAAAGUGCGCGCGGAAUCUAAAUCGGAUUAGACGUGCUAUGAUGUAAAGCGUGACGUAACAAUCAGCUAGCACUGAACUACAGAAGCUUAUCGUCGGUGAAACAAAGCGAAGAGUUAAAGCGACAAAUAGCUACAAUGAACACGCUUCGAAGAAAUCAUUUUGCUUUGGUAAGGUUACAUAACCAUUCUUUUGCCUUCGUUAGCUCAAGUAAUUGCCCUUUUGAGCGAUUAGUAUAUCGGACAUGAAAUGUUUUUUGUGUUGCUCCCUUUAAACAAUUUGUUUACCAUAUAUCGCCGUGAAUCGAAAGACUCUCCUACUAUUAUUUAUCAAUAGAUCGACAGCUGCAGCAUCUCUAAAACGUAUAUAAAUACAAAAAUAAAAACGAUGCUCACAGAUGAUAAACGGCUCGAUGUCCUAAUCAAGGGCUAAUUUUUAUAAGCAAAUAUUGAUUCAAAAUCGUUUUGAGAGCCCAUGACACUAAGCAUGAUUUAUAAAUGUCUUUAAUUUCCUUUUGUUAAAAUAUGCUCGAUGCAAAUCAUUAAUAGCUGCCAAAAUAUCAGCAAAUUGUAAACCCGGAACUAUUUAUAGCCAUUCAAUGCACAGUUGUCGACAACAAAUUGCAUAAUGUUUUAUUCGUGUUUGCGUUUUAAAUUAUAACAGAAAAGUAUUUGAACAGUAGAAGCGAACCGGAAUUGCAUUUAUAGAGUAACUACAAGAAUGAAAAUUGAGAAUUACGAUUGGAGCCGUAAAUAGAUCUACUCUGACAGCCUUGAGUAUCUUCUAUGUUCUUUACUCCUAAACUGUUUAUAGUUAACUUAUUGCUGGAAGAUAUCAAACACGAUUAACUAUACAUCAAAACAAUUCAGUUUUCUUUAGAAACCCUAUUUAUAGCCCGUUGUAGUUGAAGAUUCUCUUCUUCCAGAAGAUUUUUAUUAUAAUAAGCUGCGAUAUAGCGAACAUUUGGAGUUCAGUCGCUUUAGCUUGUGUUACAACAAGCUGGCGAAAUCGCUGUCUUCCCUUGUUUCAAACGGCAUGAAACUGUGGAUGAGAAUUCCAAGCGCCGCUCGAAAUGUUGUAUAUUUAUAUAUAUCGCCCGGUUGAUCUCGAGCUCUUUACAUACUUAUAUUUGCGUUUUAAUUCACUCUAUGCAGACUCAUUUCUAAUAAAAUAUUGAUUGUUACAAUAUUCAAAAUUAUGAUGAUUAUGCAUAGGGUAAUUGCAGUCACUGCAACAUUGUUGUAAUUUUAGAUAUAGUUCUUUUGAAUUUUCAACUCGCGUGUCUUCAGUAUCAAUAUGUAGUUUUCAAACACAGAGCCUUUUUAACCCAUGCAGUCCUGCUCAAAAUUUUGAAAAAGAAAAUAUUCGUUUUAUAUUUUAUAAACUAUCUUCUUUUUUACAGUGAGAUUGAUCUUUCAAACACUAACGAUUUUAUAUUUCUCUUUUGUAGCUUGUUCGGCAAGAGGAACUCAUGGCAAAAUUACGUGAUGAGAUAACGUCACUACAAGUAGAUGUGUCAAGGUCGAAUGAUGAGGUAUCCAGUGCAAACAAUUUGGUGUAACCUCUUAUAUAAGCCGCGUUUACACCGCAAGUCAUCCUUGAAAAGUUUUCUCGCUAAAAUAUACUCAUAGUUUCCCUGACAAGUUUCUUUCUCCAAAACCUUACAUGCUGGUUACAUCUGGAAUCUGGAGAGCCAAAUAACUCGUUGGCUCCGUGGGCCCGAACUCCUGGAAUGUAUACUUUGAGCAGUCUCUCCUUAUCGGCGAAGUCUGUUCGCGAGUAAAAAAAUUCUGAAGAGAAAUUGGUGUCAGCGCGCGGAAUUGUGGGAGUGAGGUGCACGAAAAGUAGGCUUUUUAGGUGGUGUUUUUUCCCUUCCCACCUCCAUAAUAUGCAAAACUGUUGGAAGUCACUAAGGUUUUGUUUCUCUCCUCAGGUGGCAGAAUCGGAAGAAACUAUUCGCAAAAUGGAAAUGGAGCUUGCCAUGUCACAGGAAAAACACCGCACAUGUACACAGGAGGUAAAAAAAUAAGCAAAUGAGCCUUUUAUGGAUAAUUUCUGUGAUUCAAUAAUCUAAAGAAACAGUUGAAUUGAUAGAUGUAUCAAACAGCUUCAGUGAGCGAAAUGUAUGUUAAUUUGAGGCUCCGAUUCUAGUUUCUAUGUUUUUGGGUGCAAAACAGUCUGAGAUUUCAUUAGUUUUUCUCUUCUUGGUUCUGUGAUUGGUUUAGAAAACUCGCUUCUCUCCAUCCACUCAAGUCCAAAACGAAAACCAAACGCCAUUGGUCACUAUAGCCUGUAUUUUCCCGCGAUUCAAGUAGUUCGCUUGCUUUUAUAACAAUUUCUGAUAAGCUCCUUCCCAUUUUCGUCUCAAGCGAUGGAUAUUUGUACCCAUGGAACCUCGGAUUUAUUCAACAGCAAUACAAUCCGUUCAUAUAUCACAGUUUUAAUGUGACAUAAACACAACUACUAACUUGUAAAUUGGAUUCAUCCUGUAGGUGGCGAAACGCGAUGAGACAAUCCUGAGCCUGCAGUCUGAACUGGACGCCACUCAGCAGGAAUACGAGACUUGUAGCAGUGAGUUGUCAGAGAGAGAACGAGAAGUAAAAGACUUGAGAGGAAAACUCAACAAACUGGAAGUAGAGGUCGAGUCGCUCAAAACGCAACGUGAAAGUGAUGAGAACAAGGUGCGGACACAAAAGGAAAUAUGUAGACACUAGUCACAAGCGUAAAUCCUCAACAAUGAUUCCAACCGAACCUCUCCGAUUACGCGUGAAUGAGAAAGCCAUCCCUUGAUAAGAUUGUUCUUUUGGGGGUUUCGAUCGUAUAAAACCAUUUUGUUGCUUCGCAGAUCGCCUGUGAUGAUAAGGAAAUACAACAAUUGAAGACAGACAAAGUACGACUGAUGCACGAGGUUAGUUUAGCGCAUUAAGCUUUACUUUUUUAGGAGACGUCAUCUGGUUUUGUUUACGAUGAUACUUGUAGAAUAGUGAACAGUGGUUAACAUCAGAAGUAACAUUUCUCUUAAAGAAAGAUGUAUUUCGUCUUGUCACGAGAGCGGGACAAAGAAAAAAAUUCUGAGUCCCCAUGAGGAAUCGAAAUUUCGCGCUCGGAUGCUCUACCGCUUAGCCACAGGGACUCCAUGGUGAGCGAGGCUAUUACGAAGUUCAUAUAUGACACGUGUCUCAUGGGGACUCUCUCUUACAAUCUUUCUUAUUCUAUUAACAUUUCUUUUCUUUUCAAAUCAACUUUGUUAUCAGGUCCAACAACUUAUGCAGAGUGUUGAGCAUUUAGAAGGAACCAUGACCGACACGGAGGCAGGACAUUCAUCGGAGGUAAUCUUCCUUUAUGCUUCACGAGAACCGGGAGUCGGUCCCUUUUAGAGAGGUCGAGCCAGACACUGCGUUCCCCAUUUACGCCUUUUUCUCUCACUUCCGUUUUUGAAUGGCUUCAGGUUGCAAAAGUGAUUGAAGCAUCCAUUUUAUUUGAUUAUAGAUUAAACGGCUUAAUGCAGAGAUUGAAACGCUGGGAGCUAACCUUACCGAAGUAAUGCAGAAAGAAAAUGAUACCGCAAACCAGGUGAGUCUCUGCGACAAUCAAACUACUUCGACUAGAAAGAUACUUAUGAUAGGUCUAGCUCGAGACCUGAACGUUGGAGACAGACUGAUCGCAUCGGACCAUGGGUUGACCAGUUAUGAGCUCGCUUUGUUCUUGAGGUGCCGAAUCUUUCAGAAAGUGCAUCAGGAAUGCCCUUUGAAAUGGAGGUCAGCGAAUUAUCCAUGAAGUUAAUGAAGUCGAGGGAUAUCUCAAGAAAAAGCCCAUGUCCUAAACAAAAGAAUCAUUAGUCUUGAAUUCUUAGGGGGGAUGUCUUUAUAUAACCGCCCGGCAGAGUAUCGCAGAGCCACCAAAAUUGAGUUUCAAAAUGAACUGAAAAGUCUCUCUGAUUAACCAUUGGGAAUUGCAUUUCUGCAAGUAGUAAUGCGAUGGAUUAAAAAUGGUAUUGUUUUAUAACGUGUUAAUGUUAUACUGAUAUUAUUUUAGCUCCAAGAAGAACGCGAGAAAAAUAAUAAACUGACCCGUGAGCUGCAACACAACCUAAAACUGAACGAGGAAGCUCUUGAAGAGGUAAGACAAGACUUACAGUCUGUUCAUCUUUCUGUCUGUCUGUCUGUCUUUAUGGUUCGCUGGCUGGCAAGCUUGCUCAUGGCUUUAUACCGGUCUGUACAUCCUUAUAUAGAUCUGCUUAUCUCUUUGUCUACCUUUUCCCGUUUACUCGCAUCUGCGUCUAUAGACAGUGUGCAUAAAUGGCAGGCCCGUUUGGUAUUCUUUUGUACUCAUGUAGAUUGGCCUAACGAGUCUCCUCCUUGAGUUAGGGUUUAAUUGUUCCUAAGUCAUACUAAAGAGGCCGGUUGGGCAAAUCUACUUAAAAAUUAUUCAGGCGGCGAGGUGAAUAUCUACCACUUUCAACGACAGUGAGGUGAAUAAUUGUGUUAGUAUAUACUACAUAGAUACAAAAAAUUAAUUUAUUUCUUUCAAUAUACCGAAAAAUAGUCGAAAACUAAAACUCUUGACGCGCGGUUUUGUCUCAUCGGCUGCUCGGAGGUGAAUAGUACCUGCUAUUCACUUCCGAACUAGACAAUCAGCGCUCAUAAAGCACUAUUCACCUGUGUGGUAUAUACUAAACAAGGAUACUAAUCGAGUCCGUCAUUUUUACAUACUGUAUGUAUAUGUAUGCUCACAUCCUUGUCCACCCUUAGCUGUCUGCCUGUCUGUUUGUCUGUCUGUCUGUCUGUCUGUCUGUCUGUCUGUCUGUCUGCCUGUCUGUCUGUUUGUCUGUCUGACUUCUUGUUAGACUGCCGGUUUGUCUUGAUCUUUUCGUCGAACGACAAAAAUUAAUUAGCUUACUAUUUCAUUUAUAUAUUAUUUAUCAUACGUUUAUUUGGAUUUUCAGAACAUUUCACCUCAUGAAAAUUUAUUCUAUCCUUGCAGAUCAAUCGUUUAGAGCAAACUGUCCGUAGUCAAGAAAAAGAUAUGACAGAGACAAGAAACCAGGCAAGUGAAUGAAUUACCGUGAUUCUGCUCAGCAGUUCAAUAUAAAUAUUCCAAGAUGUUUAUCACCAAUGUUUAUUGUAAUUUCAAACCGUUAAACCUUCGUGUUCGUAUUUUAGGCCUCAAAUCUGAAAGAAAAGCUCAAGGAACUGGAAUCGCACAGCCAUCAACUACAGAAAAACGUCAACUAUUACAAAAGCCAGUUUAAUCAAAGUGUUACUCAGGUAAUGUCUUUAAUGUGUGUUUGGGUAAUGCAUUAUUUUUGCCUUCCAUUUUCUGCCUAACAAACCCUUUUUAAAUUCUCAAAUCUGAAGGAUAAUUCGCCCUCCUGAUUGCGGUACAUAUAUUCGUUAUCUGGUUCUGAGAACGUGGUGUUAAAACAAUUUCUUUAGCUACCAAUUUUCCUCCCUUCAGUUGUUGGUAUGGCUGACAGAGUGUUAAUCUUGUUAGAAUUUUUUAAGUGCGGAUCACUCCUUAGAGUAAAGGGUUGAUUCAGUCUGUUACAUUUGCUUGUAGGUCAAUCGAUGUGAGGCUAUGAUCAAGAACUUAGAGAAAAGUUUGAAAGAGGCGCAAGAGCAGGUAAAUUGUUGUAUUUCAUACUGUAACUUGCUUUUUGAAGCAUCAAGCCUUCCUUUCUUUAUCACUUUCUAAUUGCCACCCAUAUCUUUUGACGUUUACUUAGAGAGUCUGAUGAUACAUCCUUCCAUAAUCGACGGCUCCCAUGAUGUUCUGCAUAUAAUAAGUUUAAUAACCUUGCUAUAUGCUAAUGGAGGGAAAACUUUCUUUUAAAACGCAAUUUUCCUUAGCUUUAGCUUUGCUAAAACCUUUCUUAAGCCAACAAACUGGACAGGCAACACUCCUCUUUCAAACUUACUGCUUAACCUUUUUUUUCUUCCCUAAGGCGGUGAAGUGCGAAGAAGAAAUAAACCAGCAGUCUGAAGAGCUGACAGUGCUGAGACAGAAUUAUACGAGUGAAACGGAAAAGGUGAGGGGAUACCAAAUCUGGUUAAGCCAUUUGAAUUAAGUAUUUGCAUUUGAAGUUGACUUUGUAACCGAAACGAGACAUUCUACGGAUGCUCUGAUAAUGUAGAGAAACUUUUUUUUACAUUAUGUCCGUCUCGUAGACAGAGAGAAUUUGAAACCAAAACAAAAAGGGAUGAAAAGAAAUAAACGAAGGAAAACCGAGCGAAGAUUUAACACUUUUUUCAAAGAAGAGAUUUUAAUUUUUCCCCUGCAUACUGAGUCCUCGAUCAGUUCACCUUUCUUUUACGAACGCUUUUGGUUGUUUUAAUUUUUCUUUUUUUUCAACUCAGCCAUAAAGUUGAUUUUGCUUUAAUCCGGAAGAGCGGCCUUGCAUAGAAAGAUUAAAGAUAUUGUAAACUACAAGCCGCGUGUCAAACAAGAAAAUAAUUUUGAACCCUAAUGUCGCCUCGAGUCAAACAGAAAUUAAAGAUUUAUGUGUAAUGUUCUGAAAUCAAGAUGUUUGGUUUGUUUUGAGCAAUCCUUUGUCAGUGAGAUGCUUUUAAGCCAUUGUUUCAUUCGGUUUAAUUGAUCACAUUUACAUGGUGAUGUUUUUGUUUGAUUUUAUCGACAAUUUAAUUUAUCACCUGUUGCUUGUAGCAAAUGUACAAGUUGAUCGGUGUGUUGUGUAGUUUUAUUAUACAAGAGCGAGAUCCUUAUAAACUUUGCCGGUUUUCCUCACGAGGCCAAAUCUCCGUUAAAAACUCAAGUAAAUUGAUAGGUAUAAUUUAGACAAACAUUUUACGGAUUGCUUUCUUUUUAUUGAAAAAAUUUUGUUUAUUACUCUGUUUUCUUUGUAAUAGAGUAGUUAUAUGUAGUUUAAAAAGAAACCUGCUCAAAUCUCGCAUAUAAAGAGAGAUACUUCGUCUCUUUUGUUAAUGGUUAUUUAAAAAAAAUUUUUUCUUUAAUUUUUUUUGUAGACUCAAAAGCAGAACAACGCAAUGGAAGAGCUUGAUAGGGAAUUACAUCUGGCAAAAGACGCCUGCCUCAGAUUAAAAAGCCAGGUAUUUUUGAGUGUUCAAGCACGAACUGGAAAAUUUAAGUUUAUUCAGCAUGAAAUAGCUCUUAAUAUUUUCGUUUGUAAGGCUCCUAUAGCCAUCACAACUCUGCUAUGCAACAAUAGGCUUAAUUUAUACGGAUUUCAAUCAAUCGACGAAAGAGGAUUUUUGUUUACUCUUUUUAUUUUUUUUUGUUAUUCCGCUUCCUCAUCAAACAGAAAGAGACAUUGAAAAGUUAUAUCAAAACUAAACUUUUCUUUUCACGCUUAAUAUUGAGAAAAAUUGCACAUGAUAAAUCGAGACAGGCAGGUUCCUUCAUUUUUGCGCUUGCAAGACAAGAAAAUUCUGGUGAGUUAGGAAGGACAAAAUGCGGUGGAAGAUUGUCCGUAAUGGCUCGAACUACUCUGUUGAGUAGUAAUAAUCAGCUGUUGGACUUCAGAAAGAAAAUUAUACUAAGUAAUUGUUUUAAAGUUUUUGUUGGAAACUAACACUUAAUUCUCUGCACUCCAGGUUUCCCAUUGUGAAGAGACAAUUCACAAUUUGAAGCAAAAACUCGGCGACAAACAGAAAGAGGUAAGGAUGAUUUUGAAUUAGUACCGCAUCCCAAAAAUUACAGCGUAAAAAGGAAAAAAAUGGUUUUUCGACCUACCUGCAGUAUCUUGAUACUCUUCGAAGUAUCUUGGCAUCUCGAAAGCUGUUUUCAACUUAUUUUACGCAAAACCUAGAACAGACGCUUGUAUUGUCAAUUAAUUGUGUCAACGCGGUAAACAGAACAUCACGCAGAACAUCUCGCAGAAGCGAAUAUCUUAAAGUCCCGCUAAAAUUUUAAAUUUAAGAAAGGUGAAAACUAUUCACCCAUAAAACUGAUUUUUGCUGAAUCUCAUCGAUUUAGAGGGUCGUGUGCAGUGAGAAGAAGCCUCCACCCUUACACAUUAAUUCCGCUCAGCUGGCUGUCUUUGUCGCGUAAUGUCACAACGGGAGACGAGCGGCGAAAGCUUGAUGCAAAACUCCUUUAGUGUCGUAAUCAUCCUCAUGGCUCUUUCCCAAAGGCUUUACGUCAGUGUACAUUAUUCCAAAUCAAUUAGAGGAUGACAUCCUAAAAUGCAAUACUAAAUUUGAAUUAACCACAAUGGAUGUUUAUUUGAUUAUUCAGGGCUCUAUCCAAGAGGAAAGAUCGAGGCAUCUGCAAGAAGAUUUGAAUGCUUCAAAAGAAAAGUACGAAAAAUCGCUGGAAGAGGUAAAGUCAGUCAGGGAUUGGUGUAGAUCUCUUUCGAUCCCUUGAGAUCUUAAGAUUCGUUUUGUAAAAGCAAAUUUUCCUUAUUGGUGUUACAGAUUACCCAGAAAGAAGAAAAGAUUCGAAGUCUGCAAAACGCGAUUCUGGCCGAGAAGGAACAACACGCUCAGCGAGUUCAACAGGUGUGAACUUUAUUCAAAUGUAAACGAAGGAGAAAAAUAGGAGAAACCUCCACCUCACAUCUUAUUGGUUUGUUCUCAAAUGCCCCUCAUUUGCAUUGCCCUUAGAUCAAAAAAAGACCCAAAGGUGCACUCAUUUCAAUAGCUUUUCCAAGAUUGAUUUGACAAAGUUUUCAGUGUCACCAUCUCCCAUAUCUUAACGGCAUAAACGCGACUCUCCUACUGCGUUAAAAUAGAACAAAGUCUUUUUCCAGUUCUGCGCACUUGAAUGCGCUUUGCAAUUGAUUCAUUAAGUGGUAGAACCUUUAACGCCCUUAGACACAAAUUGCGUCGCAUUUUCCAAGGAGUUUACUAAUGGAAAUCCUCCAUACUUGCUAUGAUAAGUGCUUUUCAGUCUUUUGAGAACGCUACGCAGAAGAAACAGUGACUCUACAAAUAGAGCCCUGAUGGGGUGAACAGUUUGUCACAUAUUUCUGCUUCGUUCAUUAAACUCUUACCUAUCUGUUUGCGUUUGAUCCCUCAAGGUUACAUACUAUGAAGAGAAAAUGCUGGAAGUAGAGGAUGAGUUAAGCAGAGUCAAGGAGGACAGAAGGCAAGCGUCAAUACAGGUAACGAAUUGUUUAUUUUACUUAUCUCCGUGAGUGCUUCUUCAAUAGGAAACCUGACGAACGCCGAGGUAAUCAUCGAUGGACUGGGGCUAAUAUUAGCUUUUUCCAGGCUCUUAGGUAUUAGAGAGGAAUGAAAGUGAUGGACUGGGGCUGACAUUAGCUUUUUCCCAGCUCUCGAGUAUUAGAGAGAAAUGAAAGUGAGGCCGUGUGUCAAACGGUCGGUCUCGUUAUCAGGAAAACGGCUCCUGCCGUUUUCCGCGCGCCCAAUUUUUUGACCGUUUCCACCCACUAACAACCUGCUAUGGCAAAAGUCGGAUUCGCUUCAGAAACUGAGACAAUCUACGGUAGCAGCAGUUUCGUCUGAAAAUUUGACUUUUAGGUGACCGUUAAUUUAAAGCAUUUGCCGCACGUAAAAGAUAACUUUUAACGUUUCAAAGUUGACAGAAACUAUAUGGAACGAGUACCUUUAAUUUUUUUUUGUUAAAAAGAUAACCUCCUGGUGAGACAAAAACGAAUCGUAGCUUCAUUUAUUAUUUCUUAAUUACAGGUAACGCGCAGUGAGCAACUCAGUCAACAGCUACAAAAGGAGGUCACCAACUUGAAACAAAAGAGCAGAAACGAGGUACGAACACAACUUUUGCAAUGGUUCAACCAAAGGCUUUUAGUUUGAACCAGCAAGUUAUUUUUCUUGUCAAGUUUUUCUUCGAAUUUUUGGUAGAGACAUCUCACAAGUCUUAGCGAGAUCCUUAGUCAAAGAAAGUAUAAAUAUUCCACUUUAGCCUCAGUCACCAGCCUUUGGUGUUUCGGUGCGUCUGGAGGCUUCUCCACAUUACACUUCUCAUCAGCAAGUCCUCUUUCUGUAAAAAGCAACUUAGCCUGAAUCAAUUGUUUUAUGUUUUCUGUGAAGACGGCGAAAAAGGAUGAAAUUGUAAGGCGACUAGAGGGAGACCUAUCCAACCUUCAAGAAACGGUCAAAAGCUAUGCUGAGGAGGUGAGAUGUGUUGAUUUUCACUCCUGUUGGAAGGCUGGAACAUCAACUUUGUUCAGCUAGUUUUGGACAAGAAUGAAUGAUUCCUUUCUCUUUGUCUCGUCUCUAGGUCGCUCAGUUGAACGGCAAGCUAACGGCCACUCAGACCACGUUAUCAACACGUGACCAGGAACUACGUGAGAAGGAAAAUGAGGUAGCCAAACAUUGAUUGCAUGUAAAGUAGGAUGUUUUCUUCGUCUCGUUACAAGCGAGGAACAGAGAAACAAAAUUGAGUUCCCAUAUGUAUAGGGAACCGAACCUCAGACUUGGGAGUAACGAUGACACAUGUUUGGUUUUCUUUGCAUCCUACGAAAAACACGCUCUCCCUAUUUACAUAUUUUCUAUCUUCAAACCCCAAUUCAAUUUUUUUCUUUUUUCCCUUUCUUCCCCGCUAGAUAUUCAGUUUGGAACAGGCAGCAGCUGAGAUGAACGACCACAUUAACACCAUUCAGACGAACUGUAACCAUUUAGAAGAAGAGGUUUGUACCAAAAUGAUAUCAGGUCCUAAAUUUUCCUGACCCCAUAGAACGAAUGAUCUAGAAUAUUCGUCUUAUUGUAUGUUUGUUUUUAUCUUAUUCAAAGGGCUCUAAGCAGCGUGCUAGAGUUAUUCAGUUGGAAGAAGACUUAUCAAACACUCGCCAAAAGCAUCGAGACGCUGCACAAGAAGUUAGUACAGCUUUGGUUUCAAACUGAUGGUUACGUAGGAAUACCAACCUUACUGUUUUUGUUCUUACGUUAGAUUACCUACUGUAGAAAAUUCCUCGCGAAUAUUUUCUGAUUACCUUUUUCUGAACCAAGUCUAUAAAGAAGGAGCAAGAACUUAGCAAUUCUUUGGGUUUUUUUGUAUGUCUUUAGUGUCAUCUGUUAUUUUCCCCUCAGCUUGCUCGUUGUGAAGAGAGACUGGGUCUGGUGGAGCAGAGUUUAUCUUCUACCCAGGACCAGCUGAGUGCCCGAGUGUCAGAGGUCAGGAACUACCAAUUGACUUAUUGCGAAAUUGUUCAUGUUGAUGCCUGAAUGGACAGAACUGAAACAGAUUGAUGACAAGAUAGUGCAUUAAUAUUUGUCUUUUUAAUAUAGGUUGUCAGACUAGAGAAAUCAAAUCGUAGAUUGCAAUUGGAGUUGAAGAGCACCAAUGAUCAACAAGAAGUACAAAACAGACAGGUAUUUUUUUAACGUCAUUUUGUUCGUCUAUAUAAUGUAUGUGUCUGGAGCUACGUGUAGACUUAAAUUGGCGGUUAAAAUUUAACUCUUCUCCCAUGAUUUUAGGCUGUCAGAGGAACUUUGAGUUCUUUCAUUUAUUCCUAUCUGAGAUCUAUUUUCCGUGCAAUCUUGAGGCCUACUGUUGUUCCCACGAUAUGUUAGCGUUCUUCAUAAACCAAAUUUCAACUGAAUGUCAAAAGUAAUCCGGUACUGCAGUGUCUUUCCAUCAUUGCACUCUGUAAUUGGUGCAUGUAGAAAGCUGGCAUUAAGCUCUCAACCAAUCAGAUCCAAAGGUAAAACCAAUCGCGUCAUGGUCAUACGUGUUUUCCCGCGUUAGAGACGGUUAACUUGUUUUUAUUUAGAGUUCUCAUUUUGUUCGGGUUGGCCUUUGUGACUGCAAUGGUUCUGAUUUUGCGAUUCGUAAUCUUAGAGCGCUUUGCUGCAUCGCAAGCCAUUACUGUCUUGGUUUUGCCACGUUUAUGAGAAGCUUCCUUUGAGUUUUGGAAAACCUUUUAACUCUCACUUAAUAUCUUUCUAUACACUUUUUUCUUCUCUAAAGAUCGGAGAGCUAGAAGGAUACUUGGAGCAGUUGAAGGCAGACCUGCAAGUGGCUCAACAGAGACACCAGGCAGCCGUCGAAGAGGUGAGCAAAACAACUGUUGUGUUAAGCAUAACUUAAUAGCACAGUCACCAGCUCUCUAAGCGUGCUCUAAGCCAUUAUGAAAGGAGAAACUGUUCUGUCUGUCUAUGUUCCUUGCUAAAUUCUCUUACAAGGAUUCUCAGGCCAUAAAAUGUCCACUGUAAAAUAAACAACUUUGCGAGGUAUCUCGUAGGUUUUCUUGCUUUCCUUGCCUCCAGGAAACGAUGCUAAAAUAUUAGUUAAUGUUUAAGCUUACUAAAUUGAUAUUCACAUGUCAAAACAAGUUCAGGUAGAGAUUUUAAUUUUGAUACAUUGUUAUUUGUUAAUAGCACAACACAGGAGUUAGUCAUCAUGUUAGUCAAUGUUAGUAAAUGAUUUUCUUAUUUCAAGGCGGCUGCUUACGAGGACAAGGCAAGAAGACUGGAGAUAGAUCUGGAGACUUCCCAGAAAGAAAACCAAGUCAUUAGUGAACAGGUCUGUGUAACGAAACUAAGGUUAACUUUAAGAAUAUGAUGAAAAGAAACUCAAAACUUAGUUGUUUAUCAAUCAUGUUUGUUGUAGUGGAGUUUAAUUGUUGGUAUUGUACAUCGUUGCAGUUUAAUGACCAACUGGAAAGUGCGCGGGAACUGGAAACCCAACAAGCACAACUAAGAGGACAAAUACAGGAAGCCCAGAAGCACGUGAGUAUCAUAUGAUCUCCACGUGUCUUACGCACUGUGCAUACAUUGGCAUUUAAGUGUUAAACUUCUUUUUUCUACCUUUAAGAUUCGUCAUUGUCAAAACGUGAUGGAGGAUCAAGAACACAAAAUCUCGUCCUAUAUUGAACAACAGGAAGAUAUGAAAUCCAUGGUGAGUAGUUUAAGAGGAUGUGCAACCACAUCUUGAAUGAAUAUUUCAGAAUUACUGUUGUACUUCGUAGUUAUUAAAUGGGUGGAGGGCCGGCCGGGAAGUAUUUGGCAUUGCCAGUUGGCCGAACGCUAUUGACUGUUGCUCUUUUGCUUUCUUCCUUUUUUAUUCUUUGUCAGCUCGCUUCUUCGCGGGGCCGUGUCAUUUUUUUCCGGCUCUGUUCGUGCCAUACACCUCUCACAAGGAAACUUUUUUAAUAGUAUUAUACACUAAAAAAUUUUCAGAGAAAUGCGCGCGCCGUCAUUGGUCAGAACGAGUUCAUUAUAUUUCCACAAAGCACGCGCCUUACAUCACAAGAUUGCACUGUUGAGAUGUAAUGCACGCAGUCUACGUCAUCAGUACGAGCGCGCGCCAUUCACGAUAUAUUUUAUAAAAGAAAUUGAAAAAAAUUGUUUCUCGAGCAUUGUUGAGUUAUAUAAGCACUUAGGAAUUUUUAAGAACACUCGAGAAGUGCGAGAAGCACCCGCCUUCGACCCUUGCUUCUCCGCGCUUCUCUCGUGAUCUUAAAGUUCUCGCGUGCUCUUACACCUCAACAAUACACUCGGCGCGUUUUUCAUUUCUUUAAUGAAAGCGCGCACGAAACCGAGCGGGUCAAAUGAACAAAAACGUUAUCAUCAGCAACCCUUACACCGUAUUUUAGUUGAUCGUCACUAGAAGGGUCCUCAAUUGCCUUGAUAAGAAGAAACUCCAGAUAGACUCAGCUCAUCACUAUGUUUGUGUUCGAUACAGUUCUUUGUAACGAUAUAGCGCAAACUGGUUCCCUGCCGAGAAAUCGCCGUUUAAUUAUCAGCGGGUUGCUUGAAAAUAUUUAGCAGAUAUCCCAAUCGCUUUCAUCUAUGAAAUUAAAAUCAACUACUAGUGGGUUGUUUAGCCUGAAAAUGUCCAAAUUUAGAAGAAUAUUAACUGAGUAUUUUCAUUCGUUUAUGUAACACUCAGAUUCGGGACAAAGAGAAAGCGAAUGGUCAGCUGCGGGAAGAGCUCGGUGGAGUAUUAGAGAAAAACAAAAACAUCAUGGAAGAGGUACGCAAUACACUACCUUGCUUUAAAUCAAAUCGAUACCUAAAAAUGGUGAAUUGCAUUAAUCGGCUGACUUUAGUCAAAAUAUUUGAGUGUGGCUUGCUUGUUACAAUACUUGUUUAUUCAUUAGAUCGCAGCUCGUGAUGCUGAUAUACGGGUUCUAAAAACUGACCUGAACUCGGCGCAGAAGAAAAUCAAGAACCACUCAAAUGAGGUAAUACGGAGUUUUCACGUUAUGGUUAUAUGUUAUUCUUGUGGUUUUAAAUCCACAGCAACAGCCUUGGAGUGUCUUUGACAGUAUCGGUUGAUGAAAACAGGGGGGCUUGUAACUCCUUAAGGGUGCUGCCGCUCUUAAGGCCUUGCCGACACUAUGCCAGAUAAAUUUGGAAACGCAAUCCUUUUAAUUUUCUUUUUCUUACGUUUUAACCUGCCUUGAUGAAUGGGGCCUGACCUGCCCGAUAAGUGUUUAAUCCUCUAAUAUGCUUCUCACCAGUGAAAAUGUUCCCUGAGCGAGUUGCACUUUGAAAGUCACUUUCACUUUAUAAAAAGAGGGAUUUUCUAUUGAGUGUUGUAAAACCAAAACCAACGUUGUUUCCACGGCCAAUCAUAACAAAAGGAGAAUAUUUUGAAGAGCCAGUAAGAACUCAUGGUAUAAACAACCAAACUGCCAAAAGUGCGGGAAAACGCGGGCGACCAAGUUGUGAAUGGUUUUAUGUUUUGCUUUGAUUGGUCGAGAGAGUGAGCGAGUUUUCCGGAUCACUCACAGAGCGAAGUAAAGUAAAACCAAUAAAAUUUCGGAUUACUUUUGACACUUGAUUGAAAAUUACUUUAACAGAGAAGACAUUUUAUUAAUUUGUUAUCGUUCCGUCUUUUCUUAUAUUUCAGGUUAAACGCUAUGAGGAAACACUCCACCAAUUUCAGAAAGACUUAGAGCGUGCGCAAGAGAACCACAGAAAUGCCUCAAUGCAGGUUGGUAACACAUUUAAGUCUCUUCCUUAUCUCUGAGUUUUAACAGAUUAAAACCAUGAGCUUAUGUUCUCAUUCUUUUCAUUGCUUUGAAGAUUGGAAACCUCGAAAAAAAUGUGCAGAACUUGAAGGUACAGCUUGCUGGUGCACACGGCAAUCACAAGGAAGCCAUGGAUCAGGUAGAUUGCUGGGUUUUUUUUUUUGCGCUUUUAAUCUUUACCUGUGUUGAUUGUAUUUACACGCUUAAUAGCUCAAAGAAGCUAGAACCAUAAUUUUGUGUAAUUCUCUGCCUAUUCCUCAAAUAAAAACCCUAAGAUACGUCUUUAUAAAAAUUUCACCUAGAUCAGACAUGUUGGGUUGCUUGUAAUUCUACCAUCUUCGACAUUUGUGUAACACAAGAUUCUCGUUUAUGUUUCCAGCUGGCACAGCGAUCUAAAAACUUAGCAAAUGUCAAAAUGGAGUUAGCAACAACAAAGCAAAAAAACCAGGCUAUGGACGAACAGGUAACUAUUUUUCUAUAUUUGACCGUAGCAACAGAUUCCUUACAUGCACACUAACUCAGAAUAACAACCGUCCUGUUACGCACCAAGCUGCCUAGCUGUCAAAUUAUUACUGAAAAAAAGUAAAAUGAAGUCGGGACCACUCGAGGCCCCCCUUCCCUCUCCCCCACACAAAACGUUUUCUCAAUUUACCCAAACAAAAAUUUAAACUAUUGUUACAAAUGGCUGUAGACGAGCACCGUGAUAGCAAAGUUUCCUACCCACGAACAUAACACAAUGGCCACUGAUAAACUUCGAGCCAGGUCUCUCGGUCUGUUGUCCAGCGCGUUGAUCAUUGGGUCACUUAGUCUUCCAACCAGUACUUUUUCCAUUAACUUUAUUGGUAAGCCUUUUAUCUGAUCUUGUAUUCCUGUUUGAAAAGAUCUUAGGGCUGGAGGAUAAAGUUCGGAAAUUGAAGACGGACCUGAAAAGAUAUCAGGACAAAACCAAACAUGCUGACGGAGAGGUGAGUAAACUGAAGCUUGGACUGAAGUAGGCUGACCGACCGAAAGAUUAACUGACUGUUUGACUGAGUUAUUAACUGCCUGAUUGAUUGUGUGACUGUCUGAUUGACUUUGUGACGGACUUUAUUAGUGACUGGCUGACUUAGGUUGACAGAAAGUCUGACUUGACAAGAGAGCGAUUAAGUCGAUCACUAUUUGACUUACUGUACUAGAUGUACAGUGGCUCACUGAUUAACUUACUGACAGAGAGAUAGACAGACAGAAAGAGAGACAUACAGUUUCACUUUCUGACUGACAGACUUACGUCUGGCCGACCGAUAAACUGAUCGACCAUUAUUUUUAUUUCAAGAUCCAACAGUACGCCAGAAAUAUAGACGAAUUAAAAAGUCAGCUUGGGGUUUCUCAAGACAAACUUCACAAGCAAUCUCAAGAAGCGUCCAGAAGAGAUGAGCAGCUAGUGGUUCUCAAAGUUGAGUUGGCAACGCUACAGGAGAAACAUCGCCUUGUACAAGAUGAGGUACUUCAAAAAGCUUCCCUUGAAAUCCCAGUAUGAAAAUAGCCAAUGAUAAUUCGAAGAAUUACAUCAAUGAAAAGCUUAGAACAUGUACUGGUUUAAUGGAAUGAAUUGAGGUUAAAAAAUUCCAUAGGGGUGUCAGUGGGGACAGUUUUGAUGUUUGACAUCAAAAACACUUACAAUGCACCAUCUUUGUGGAGCUCUCGAAAUAAAGAAAUAACAUAAUGGUGGAUAUUUUUAGCUUAAAAUAAUAGAUCAAUGAUAAUUAGAAGCUUACAACCUAGUUCGUAAUCAUCUGUUCAAAUUGAAGGCAGAAUGAAGGAUUGAUCUUUCAAGUCAUUCCAUCUGUGACGUGUACUACACGUCACAGAGUUCCUCCAAAUUGCUUGCUACUGGUCACAGACGGUUCUCUUUUAGAGCUCUGCUUCCUUUUGGCUAAAUGGUUUACAUAGCUCCCGUUGUACAGAAAAUAAGUCAAUGAUGAGAUCUCUUCUUCCUGUAGAAUGACAAACUCAAGCAUGAAUUUCACAUAUCACGACAGCAGCAUCAGAGCUGCAUGGAAGAGGUAGGUUUCAAAGACGAUUAUCUUCACCAUUAAGUAUGGGGUGAGUCUUGUUAUAGUUUUGUGUGUUCUGAUGUAAAAACUUUCGAAAUAACGGAAUCUCCAAAAAUUUUAAAUUAAUUUAAAACGCUUUGCUCUGGCUUGGAACCCUUUCACUUUUGCGGAAGUUAUCAGUUUCUUGUGGAAAAAACAUCAGCCACCAUACUGUCGAUCCUGGCCUCUGCUUCGUAACCUCGUUCUAAGGGUCUGUGCUCUUGCCUAACCCUAGAAAAACGAGUUCGGUCUCUCCUUACUGUCUACAACUAUUUUCAGGUCCAAACCCUUCGCGUAUCUCUAGAGGAUGCUCGAGCAAAUGGCGAUCGGUUACAUCGUGAAAGCGAACUUGUUGUGGAAAAUGUCAACAGCUGGGUAAAGGAACAGAAGUAAGUUCUUACUAGGUUUUUUAUAGAUUUGGUAUAAGUCAAAAUGCAAGUUGUUGGGUUGAAAACCUUUUGCUAUUUUUUACUCAGGGAAGGGAACGAAAGGCUAGCCGGAAGAUUGAGGUAAAUUUUUUUGCAUUAGUUUUUGUUUGAUAAUUGACUCUGAAGGGGAAGAGUUUGAGAGAAUUCUACCUGAUAUAUCGACCUACAUAUUGACAGAUGAGGACGGCUGCACAACAAACAGACCAAUCAAUAGCCUAACUCCCAGGUAGCCUAUUGAUCCGAUUGUGUGACGGAGGGAAAAUAGUUGCCAUUAGCGGACUUGAUAGUUGAUUGACUGAUAGACCCUCCGACAGACUGCCGUGCUGAGUGACUGACAGUCCACCUGACCGACUGACUAACUUACUGACAGACUGACUGCCUUUCCUCUGUCUAUCUGAUUGACUGAUUGAAUGAUUGAUUGAUUAGCAAACUCCUAUUUCUGCAGAGAGCAAGAAGGACGAAUUUCUGCUCUACAGUCGGAUAAAGAGUAAGUAUUUUUUUCCAGUUAGCGUGAAAUCAUUUUCAAUCCCUUGUUCAUUUUGUUAUAUUAACGAGAUUUCCCCUUUCUCUUUCAAGACAACUUGCUGAGUCAACAGAAUCACUGAAAAAGGAGAAUGCUGUGAUGAAGGCUGAAUUAGGUGAAUUCAAAUGUCAGGAAUCAUAACUUUUCUUUCCUUGUUGUCUCAAAGCGGGUAAUACUAGGAAAAAAAAAUAAAAGAGACCGCUUUAAACCAACGCGAAGGAAUUAUCCCUGCUCAGACCAUGUUAAAGGGCAAAUAUAUACUAAAACUUUUCACGAAAAUGGUAGCACUUUAUUUUCGUAUUUUUAGUAGUAAUGACCAUGACACUUUUAGAUAUGUAGCAUGAAAAUUCCGAAUCUCUCUAAAUUAACAUCUUCUAACGAAUCCUCAAUUAUAAAUGAUUUGCUUUAUGAAUUUCUUCAUCUUCCAGAGGAAAGAAGAAUGGAUAGUGAACGAUUAAAGGUUAGUUUUACAAUCCACUAUUUGGUUAAAGGUUUAUUCACAAUGUCAUAAGCUGUGUCUAAAACUGUUUCACACCAUUUUGUAAAAUUGUAGAGUUUUUCUUUAUGUCGUGAUCCACCAGAAGUUCUGUUUCGUUUUCAUCGCAAUCUUGUGGCUUAAAAUAAUCCCCUAAUUGAGUAUAAUUAGUGUGGUUUAAUGUGUUAGCUGCUAAUUCAAGUCAUUAACGGUAAUUAAUGUCCGUCAGGAUUAUUGUGGUUUUUGAUACCUGUAUGUCGCCGCUAUUCAAGAUCUUAUUUUCAAAUAAAACAUUAAAUUUGUGGAGAUAUUAAUGAUUUAGUGCCUAUUUACGAUUUAAUUAUUUGGGCUUUGAGUGUUUUGAGUCAAGAUCACGGUCAGUUCGCAGUUGUUCGAGGUUUUUCUCCUUAAGUUUUCAUCACAAAGAAAAUCUCGUUAUGUAUAAACUUCAUCUUUUUUUAACUAUAACGUGCCUCGAGUUGCAAAACUUUACAGGAAAAGGAAUUUAGAAACACCUGCCGUUUUCACGUUAUUCUCUUUAAUUAAACGGUUAUGUACAAAAAAAAAUAAUUUUUUGUACACCUCUCUCUAUGUUUGUGAAUUGUUAACGAAGAAUACGUUUUAAUGAUUUUUGCCACAUUUAAUAUUUAAAACAUGAUACACGAAACUGUCGUAGAAUCUGAAUACGAAACAGAUCGACAGCUGCAACGUGGAGGCACAAUUUUGAAAGUGUAGCCCUACAAAAUAAGCUCGAAGGACGACUUAGAACAGCUAUUUCGGCAAUAGCUUACUUGGAUUUUUUUGUAACGCAUCUCGAUUUAUCAAUUCAGAAAGAAAGUCGACAAUAGCUGAAAAAAAAAGAUCGUGUUUGAGCGAAAAAUCUGCGCUUUAGAAUUUUAACAUUAUAAGUUCGACAAACAGAGGGCGUCCUUUAGCAAGUUCAACUUUGAUGAUGGCCGAUUGUGAUAGCGAUUCUGUCCAUAGCGGGGAUAGCUCAGUUCUUCUCUGCAUUGGUGAACCGUUCUUUGGUUCGUUAACAAAUCUGGACGGCUUUGGAAAGAUCCGUGGCCGCUGCACUAAUCCGCUUCAUAACUGUUCGUGUUAUGUUCGAUUCGAACAUCAACUUAGUUUUGCCUGUCUCAACUGUCAAGGACUGUGUCCUGCCUUCUCACAUGUGAGUGGGAAUGAUUCAGUUUUGUGAGCAUUAAAUCUGGAACUUUUUAUUUCAGUAUUGCGGAAAAUACCUUCUUGACAUUCUCUACCAGUUCUUCAAGAGAACUGAAUUCUUAGUUGAGUUUUAUUUUUUUUAUUGAUUGCCUUACAACCUUAAAUGUUCAGAGCUUUAGUGAUACCUCUGUUUUUUUCUGUUCAAAACUGUAUUUUGUUAGUUACCGGAAAGAGCUUGCCUUCCUUAAACUAAAACCUUCAAGUAAGAAAAAAAAUGUAGGAUAUCUCGUAUUGCAAGGAAUUCUCUGACAACUUCAUUCUUGUGUUUACAAAGAAUGGAAAACCAGGGAAAAACUAUAUUAAGAAUCAAAAUAUAACAUUCCAUUACAAUUUCUCUUUUAUUAUUAUCCAACAGUCCCUCCAGUCGCAUUCUGCUCAGCAACAGGUGCUGCUUCAUCAACUCCGCAAUCGUCUUCAGGAAUAUGAGUGAGUAUUAACUGGCAACUAUUAGAUACGGCAUCAUAUCACCUGGCGUCAACGAUAUGCUGCCAGCUGGUCAAUACCGUGUUUUAUAACACGACGCCAAUGAGAUAUCGUAAUGAUUCCACCAAACACUAUAUGUUUCCAUUUAGCGCCCUUGCCCCUUUACUAGAAUUUUUUUAUUAGAAUUCUUUUCUAAUGAGUAGGUCUGCGAUUUAGUCAAGAAAAGUUAUCACGGGCGGUAAAUCCGAAUCUUGCAUUUUAAAACGGCAAUCCUUUCGCUAGUGAAAUUGGUUUGCUUUUGUACAGCUUCAGCUAAUCCGUUCAUACUCCGAUUGCGUGUAUUAAUUUGGUGAGACACCAACGCUUUUGAAAUCUUUUUGAUUAGUUUCUUUCGUAGAGAAAUGUUAAAUAGGAGAAAAAGAGUCAUUUACAUUUCUGUAGCGAGUCUAUUUUCAAGCCCAAAUUAUAUGUGAACAGCUGUUACCGUCUACCCUGAAUAAGCCCCUUAAUUUAUGGUGAAAGAAAUUCACGCCUCGAGUGCUAGGUAAAUUAAAUUAUCACACAAAAAAUAGUCUGGAACGUUUACUUGCGUUAAGACUGCUUACGCAAGAAAUUUUUCGGUUUUCUUCAAUUUUUAAAACUAUUACGUUUGAAAUCCACACAAUUAACCUCACAUAAGAUUUGUGUUGAAGGAAAUGUUCUUAACAUUUAAAAUAAUGACCCUUGUGUACUUCCCUUGUAUCAGUUUCCGAAUUUACAAUCUUGGCGCGAGCUAAGCGGGAGACGCCGCGAGAAGGCAUCGAGCGAACAGGGAACAGCGGAUUUUAACCCUUGAUCUAUAGGGAACAGAAUAGCAAUUGUAAUUUUGUGAACUUAUUUCAGAACUCUGAGAACCAUAUCACGAUCAUUUUGAUUUUUUUGUUUUUGCACACUUUUGAUAGUCCGUGUCUGUAGUGCUUAGCUCUAAGAUAAUGUUCUAUUUUCUUCAUAGGAACGACCAAAACACCGAAGCGAUGAGCAAGGCUCACGCCAUUGAAGAUCUUCACAGUCGAUUAAAGUCAAACGUGGAAAGUAUUCAACAACUCAACCAACAGGUCAGUUCUCAUGCCGUACUUAACCACAAUGGAUACUCUCCUUGUAAAAACCUCUAUUCAAGUGACUCAUUAAUUCGAUCGACACAAACAUUGCCUCGGCGGAAAAAAUACUCCAAUACCUUUAGUACGUCGGUGUGGUGGGGGGGGAAGAGGGGAACCGCAAAUAUGAGGACAAAACAGUUUUCAACUCAUAAGGGUACCCUCUGAAUGAGGAUUUCAUUGAGCUUAAUAUGUCACAAUCGAGUAAGUUUUUCUCUAAUCAGCAAGUCGUUGAUUGGACAUUUUUUCCUUAGCAUUUCUUCUUUGAAUUCUACUUAUCAAUUUUUCUUGAACUCUUUCCCGUUAUCUCUGCAGCUUAACUCAUUAAACAAAGAAAAUCUUCGUCAAAGACAUAUUAUAGAUAGAGAAGCUGCAGCCAGGAAGGUGAUUAUGAUUGUCAGUAUGUCCUUGUUAAACCAAAAGGGUGCUAUGUGCAUAAUUUCUUUGCAUCGAAUUUUUAGCUUCGAAUAAUGUAUAAAUGAUUGGUUCAUUCUUUACUAGUUAUUCGCUCACAUACCUCGGUAUGACGUGUUAGAUUUUUAUAAUUACGCCUGGUUUUGCGAUGCUGAAUUUGUACUCAGGAAGGAAAAUUUGAAAAAACGAUAGCACCAGUUACCAGUCACUGCCAUUCAUUUCAGUGACAAUAAUAAAGCCAAGAGGUUCAGUAGGCAAUAUUUCAUUGUACUCAUCCUCCUCAAACGUUGACAAUAGCUAUUUAGCGUUUUUGAUUAAUAGUGAGUGUAUUCUGUUUUUUUUUUCCAUAGAGCCUACAACUUCAAUUAGAAUCACGUGAUCAAACUGUAAUGGCUCUUAAAGCUCAAGUGGAGUCGUACAAAUUUGCUGAGGUACCGCACAGAGAUACAGACCACAUAGUAAGUCCUAGUCACGUGAUAUGAGUUUCUCCUCUGACGAUUGUAGUGUUAAUACUUACAUGUAAGGUGCCACUGCCCAUAAACGUGCAAAAUAAUCUACCAAUUUUUUUCCCGUACGAAAAACAGACCGUAACUUAAGUCUGAAAAUCUUAGAUUGGAUAUCAUUUCAGAAGACUGCCCUCAAAAAAUGGAAGUUUAAAAUUUUCAACAAACUUUUCCCUUCAGAUUGACGCAUAUGGUUUGAACGACUCCGCCUACUCGUCUAUCGACAAAGGACUGUAAGUGAAACCCCUUGUCUAUCGACGUUUCCUCUAGCCAGACGAUUAAAUUCGAAUGUCCAUCGGCCAGUUUUCAUCUUCGUAUCCUUACGAUUCCUCUGAUUAUUUUCAUAGUAUUUGGACUUAGGGCUAUUUUUUUCUUAUUUUACAGACAAAAGUCGGCUCAGAAAGACAAGGUAAAGGUUGCAAUUACGUCUUGUGUCCAUUCAGUCUAUUUUUGUAAUUGUCUUCUAACUAAUAACUUAAUUAGAGUUAACUCGUCUAACCCAUUCGUUAUAUGCUAAUGAUUUGUCACUGAAUGCUAAUCACGAACAAUUAAUAACAAUUGCGAACAUUUUUUCAAAUACAUUUCCACCGCUGAAUUUUCUUCGUGAAAAUUCCCAAUCAACCGAUGCUACUAAGGGUAAUGAUUCCAUCGGGUGGUGGUGACUGUAAAAUCACAAAAAUCAGCAAAAAGGCAAGUAUAUUUAUUCAAAAGCACUACGGUAUGUGCAUACCUUCAUGACCUUUAAGCUCUACGGAAUGUUCUCGGCUCAUUCUUGGCUAAGUGCGGUAACCCCCAACGUGAAUCACUCGUACGUGCCCAAACAUAUCACGAGAAUGUUAGUGGCAUGUUAUGAAAACUCGCCUUUUUGCUGAUUUUUGUGACUUAACAGUCACCAGUUGAUCGGAAAUUUUCACGUGGAAAAUUCAACGGUGACGACGUAUUUGGACAAAUGUUCAUGAUUGUUCUUAACUGUUCUCCUCAUUAGCAUUUAGUGAUAAACUCAUCAGCAUUUAACGAACGAAGUUGUACAAAUUCACUAUCCAUGGAAUAUGAUCAUCAAUUAUAACUGUUAUGAUUGAUGAUAUCAUAAUACGUAGUGACUACCAUAACAGAUCUUUUGUCAUUUUUGUUGCUGAAAAUUGUCGUGAAUUGUGAUAAAAUCAUUAAAUGUAGCGUGCAACGUUUUGAAAGAAUCAAAUGAGAUACUGUAUAAACCAGUAGGAAACAAAGAUGCUUUUGAAUGGAGAAGAUUGACAUGGAUUGCAAAUUACAACAUGAUAUAUAGCUUCACUUCUAUUUCCUAUAAUUAUGGGGCUACGCUGCUCGCGCUGCGAGUUCCACUACAAUAUUACAUGGUGUUUCCAAGGCUUUAACCACGUAAAUGCAUUCGGUGACGUUGGAGUCGGGGUUCCUUGCACGACCGCUCUCAAAAAUGCUGGUAUGAAGGAGUCAUUCCUAGCUCAGACUUGUGAGAAUUUUUGUUUGUGUCGAUACAGGUGAGGUCUAUAAUGAGAAAAGAAAUGGAGAAAGCUGGUGUGAAGGAUCCUCAAAUACUGGAUAAGUCGUAUUGGAUUCAGAGAGUCGGUGAGGUAUGCCGCGAGCGAGGGAAAACUGACAGCCUAUUUAAGAGAGAUCAAUUAUUUCAAGAAAUGAAAAAACCGAAAUGGUUGCUAGAUCCCAGCAAACCUGUAACGUCGUGGAUUUAAGUCUGAUAAUGCGUUAGGCUCGUUACCUAAUGGCAGGGGAUAUUCCCUAUUUUCAUGUUACUCACUCAUCUUUUUUUCACUUUUCCACUUCUGUUUCUCGCUUCUCAAAUAGACAUCUUUUUAUUUAGUUUACACGCGAGGUAGAGAAGGGGGGGAUUGGGGUCUACAAGCAACCGCAAAAACCGCAAAACCGUAAAAAGAAAAUCAUCCCAAAAACCCCUAAUAAAUAAAUAAAUAUAAAAAAUUCAAUCAAAUUUUGAAAAUAAAAAACCCUCAAACGAUAAAAAUUUUCACAUCCCAGUGAUCAAACCCUAAUCGAUCCGACGCAGUGGUGACAAGUGGAACUUACAGAAGUUUCGCACCUCUUCGAGAUCUGUGGAGGCGCAUAAUUGCCGCUCAGAUCGAAGUUCAAAAGUCUAUGUCUGCAUCUUGCCACUAGAAAUUUGAACUUUUAAAUUCAAGGAACAAUAUCUCGGUUGGAUAAUGGCGUACUGAUCUUUAACUGGAGUAUCUUGAUAUCUUUUGCAGCUCUCAAUCCAACUACAGCAAAGCAGUGAGUAUUGGGCACAAAAAGUACGAGAUUUAACAACACAGAUGGAAAAUCAAGAAACAUGACAACUACUCAACUGCAUUUACUCCGAAACGACCCUAAAAUCCUUGGAAAAAAGUUCACGUGUGCUACUUAAAUUUCUUCUUCAGUUCAGCUAUAUUGUAGCUUUCCUCCACUUUGGGCUCUUAACCAGUAGAGGGAGAAAAUUAUAUUCUUUAGUUAGAAAAAUUGUUGACAAUUCUAGUGCUAAAUUCAUUAUAAUCUUUUCAUAACUGAAUAGUCAUCAGGCGGUAUAAAAUUCCAAUAUUUCCUCUUUGCAUCUUAUGUUCUGAAAAAAUACCUUUUGAUCUCUAGAAAUCUAGGGAACUCGAUCUUUGUUUUUCAUAAUUAUUUUUUCUGAAAGAAUAUUUUGGUCUUUUCGUGACCUCGUUUUUAAUUUCAAUUUUUAUCAAAUGAUAAUAAUAUAUUUCAUUUAUAACCAUUGAGUGAAUUUGCAAAUAUCUCUUUUGAAGGGAAUUGUAAUCUGUAAAUGCUGUUACGUGCGCGAGCGUGAGAAAAGUAUAUUUUAUUAUUUUACUUUAUAAUUUUGAGAACUUUGUUUUAUUUAUUGAUAGAAUCAUCUCA